CUGAAUGGAUGACGGUGUUCAGAAAAUAGGGGGCAGUCGUGACGGUUAUCUUGUAGAAAGGAACAAAUGUGCUCUAUGAAUUCCUGGAGGCCCGCAUGAGAUCUGCAAAGGGAGGACGCCAACACACUGCAGCCAAGGUCGGAGGAAACUGCAACAUCUAGAGCAAGAGCGGCUCCGGGCGUGCGCGGUGAAGAAGUGCGCAGCUACACAGGCGGAGCCAAUCACCCGGCGGCUCAGUCGGUCGUGCAGUCGUGACGUCAGCGGUUGCUAUGGAGAUUCACGCUGGGAAGACCACUGGCUCACGCCAGGGGCCGCCGGGUCAGAACAUGGCUUUGAAGCGGACUCCGCUACCAACAUGAGCGGCCGCAGUAGAGGUCGAAAGUCCUCCCGCGCCAAAAGCCGGGGCAAAGGCCGCGCCAAAGCCCGAGUCCGCGCUGCUCCCGGCGGGGCCGCACGCGACCCGGAUGCUGCACGGUUGCAGAGCCCCGGGGAGGACACUCAGGUGGCACAGGGGCAGGCCAGCGCGGGCGGGGGAGGCCCGAAGCCUGCUGCUCCCGCGCCGCCCCCGCCGCCGAGGCUCCCGGACCAGGACGCCUCCCGGCUGCCCCUGGACUGCGGCCUCGCGCUCAGGGCUCGGGCUGCGGGGGGCUGUGCGGUGGCUGACGCCAGGCCCGGCCCAGGAAGGGCCACGUCCUUCGCAGAGCGCCUGGCCGCAGACACAAUCUUCGUGGGGACUGUGGGGCCUGCGGCGAGGCUGAAAACUGGUCCCCGCGCUGGAACCCGGCGUGGCCCUUCUGCAAAGAAGGUGCCAGAAAAAAGCUGUGGCUCAGCCGGUGGGAAGCCGAAGAAAGCGGCGGCUGGGGAGUGUAGCCCUGUCUCAGAUGAGGAGGAAAGGACAGUGGUGGAGAUGCAUUCUCGGGCGGGGCCGCUAGCGACAGAAGGCGACAUGGACACGCUGGAGACUGUCCAGCUGAAGCUGGAGACCAUGAACGCGCAGGCGGACCGGGCCUACCUCAGGCUCUCGCGCAAAUUCGGGCAGCUUCGACUGCACCACUUGGAGCGCCGGAAUGUCCUCAUCAAGAACAUCCCGGGCUUCUGGGGGCAAGCUUUCCAAAACCACCCCCAGCUCUCUUCCUUUCUCAACAGCCAAGACAAAGAGGUGCUAAGCUACUUGAACAGCUUGGAAGUGGAGGAGCUUGGCCUCGCUAGAUUGGGCUACAAAAUCAAGUUCUACUUUGGCCGUAACCCCUAUUUCCAAAAUAAGGUGCUCAUCAAGGAAUACGGGUGUGGUCCUUCUGGUCAGGUGAUUUCUCGUUCUACCCCAAUCCAGUGGCUCCCAGGACACGAUCUGCACUCCAUGAGUGAGGGAAACCUAGAAAAGAACCGUAGCUUCUUUGGGUGGUUUGUAAACCACAGUUCUAUUGAGUCUGACAAGAUUGUUGAGAUAAUCAAUGAGGAACUGUGGCCCAAUCCCCUGCAAUACUACCUUAUGAGUGAAGGAGCCCGUGGAGAGAAAGCAAAGGAGGGCAGGCCAGGUCCAGCAAAGCAGCCAGUGGAGAGCCCCGCACCUGGGGUAAAACCAUCCAGCUGAUCGUGUGCAAGUCUCCCUGCUGCCUCCUGAGGGACCUGUUCCUGGCUGUCCACAUGUGUGCUUGGAACACAUGUUCUGUGUUCUCUUCAUCUUGGCUCCUAUGUGCUGUGGUCCAUUUGGACUUUAGCCAGAAUAUGGCACUUAUGAUCAUGUUCUUUUGCCUCUCUGUGACCUUCUUUUAUUUAUUUUUUCUUACAAUAGUGUCACAAGUGGUCUCAUCCUGCUGUUUGUGUGUUGGGCACUUAUACUUCAGAUGUGUACUGCCUUUCUGUAUGUUGCCUGGACCCUGUUUUUGACUCUGACUUUUCCCACUUGUCUUUAACAUAAACAUUCUCAAGUCAUUCUUCAGGAGGACCAGAGCAUCCUCAAACUGUGCUACUUCAUGGCCAGUGACUUGCCAGGCUUCAAGUUCAUGCUGGCCAUGUGCUCUAUCAAUGGAAAGCUUUAUUGUUACCACUGCAAAAUUAAGCCAGUGCAUGUGAUUAGCCAGAGUUUAUUGUUACGUGGGUCAAGAGCACCAGCUAAGGUGCUACCUACCGUAUCUUCAGCUUUGGCCAGCAGAAUGGCGUUUGACUGCUGGGCAUCGGUGGGCAGUGUGCCAUGUAUUCUCUACUAUCAUGUGUGUCUUCUUGCCUCUGGGCGUGUCUACUGAACCUUCCAUGUCUGGCUAUGCCUGGAGGCUGUCAGAUCUCUAAAUUUUGUCUAGGUUGCUGUCGGCCCUCAUUGGCUUCCUGGUCAACAAGAACCUCAGGGGCUGCCUAUGGACUCAGGCACCCUGCCAGUGCAUGCCCUCCCCAGACUUCAAGAACCCUUCUGGCUGAGACUGAUGGGUGGGCUGGUAUGUAUGGGCACAGGUUCACUGUCUUGGUGCUGUGGUUUUAGGUGAGGGUGGGCCUGGGUCUCAUCCUUGUCAGCGAAGUACCUUUGUCAACUACCCUUACUUCCUUUACGAUAUGACCAGGGUACCCUAGGGGAGGUACAGUGGAGGAGGUGUUUCUCAUCUGUGAACUGCUGUCUGCUUGACUUUAUUUCACAUCUCCACAGUACUUCCUUGACUUCCAUACCUCUCUCACAUGCUACCUUCCAUUUUCCCUGUUUUCUCCUCUUCCUACCACCCUCCUUUCCCCCUUUCCUUUCUUCCUUUUUUAUUUUUUGAAUUUUUUAAAUAGUAUCACAGCUCAGGCAGAAAAGACACAAAGCAGGCUUUUGUACAUGUAGAGCCCAUACAGCUGGGGACCUCUAUGCACACUCUCAUACUAGGCUGAAAUAGUCAAGGAAACCAAAAGGCCAAGUGAGUUUCUGAUCAGACUCUGGUCCUCACAACUGGGUCCUACGCUAGAGUUCAGAAGCUGAAAACCCAAGGCAACCAUGUUGUAGACUAGUGUCUAUUCUUUUUUUUUUUUUUUUUGUAGCACCUAUGGGUUAAACCCAAGGUCUAGGCACUUUUAUAUCCUCAGCCCUUAAAAAAAAAGUUUGUGUGUGUGUGAGAGAGAGAGAGAGAGAGAGAGAGACAGAGACAGAGA